AUGGGCAGGAUGGAAGGAGGAAAGUCUCACACGAGUUUAGACGCCGAGGUUUGGAGCAUUUAUAAAGGAUUGUGUUUAAUCAAAGACAAGAAUCUUUCAAACAUAUUGAUCGAGACCGACUGUGAAACGAUUUUAAGGCUUCGGCCCGAGUCGCUGGACAGGGAUCAUCCGCUGAAGAAGGUCUUGGAAGAUAUUGAUACGUUAAAGGUGGAGCAAAAAUGUGUGUUAGUUCAUACAAGACGAGAUGGGAACCAAUGUGCGGAUGUCUUAGCACACUUGGGCGGUAAACAAUCCGAUGAAUGCGUUUUCCUACACGAACCACCAUCUAUGCUAAUACCGUAUCUGUUACGGGACACGGAAUCGGCUAUCGAGUUUGAAAGAAAUCGACAAUGA